AUGUUGGGGCCACACACGGGAGGCUCACCCACCUCCCCCCAACCCUGGACUGGUGACGAGGGAGGGCUGAACGGUGACGGUCAGGGGGGCAUGGCUAACCCUCCUCGCGGAGAACCAGAGUACAUCAUGAGGCUGGUGGAGGACCUGCGCAGAUUUGCAGACGUGCUGCUGAGCCUGAAGGACGCCUUCCUCGCUGAGGGAGCCGGCCAGUGCUCAGCAUUGUGGUCCAGGGGAACCUCUGGUCAAGGUCAGCAUGCCUUCAUCCUGAGGGCCAUCAUCGCCAAACACCCGACUCUCAACUCCACUCACAUUCUGAGUGCCACAGGGAACCUCAUCGCCAAGGUCAAAGGCGUAAACUUUAAGGAAGUCAACAAAGAAAACAAAGAGACUAUUUUUGGCGACAUACACACAUCCAUCGACUCCCUGGCGUUCACCUUUGGCAAUGUGGUGUCGGACUUCCUGAUGGGAGAUGUGGACAGCACCUCCAACUUGGGGCUCAGCAAAAGCAGAAGCUUGUCUUUUGAUAAUCUCACCAGUGAUGCAGGGGAAUAUGGUCGAGGCACAGGGGACGUAACAGGCCCAUUGCCUGAUGUGGAUGUGAGCCAACUGAAGAAUGGUCGUGGGGUGGAGUCCGCUCUGCUCUAUGCUAAAGCCUGGAGCAAGUACACUAAAGACCUUCUGGCCUGGGUCGACAAGCGCAUAAGCCUGGAUAUUGAAUGUGCCAAAGGCUUGGCCAAGAUGGCAGAAUCUGCAAAGACGCUGUUCAGCCAACAGGACUACAUGCCGUUCAGAGAGAUCUACGUCUCUGCUCUCAAACAGGACGUUGAGUACAGUCAGCUCCUUCUGCAGACGGCCGCUGCUCUCCAAACCCAUAAGUUCAUUCAGCCUCUCCUGUCCAGAAGGGCUGAGCUGGAUAAGCUGAGGAAGGAGCUCAAGGAGCAGUGGCAGAGGGAACAGAAGAGAAUGCAUGAGGCCGAGGCGUUGAAGAAGAAGGCCUACCAGCUGCAUGUGCAGCGGAGGGAGGAGUAUGAGAAGGCCCGCGGUGCCUCCAGCCGCACUGACGAGGAGCAGACCAGUGGGGGGCGCCAGCGAGACAAGAGGAGGAGGCUGGAGGAGGAGGCCCUGCUCAAGACAGAGGAGGCGCUCGAGCAAUACAAAGUGUGUGUGGCCGAGGCAGAGAACAGGAAAGCUGCACUGGCCAGCACCCAGUCCGGCAUCCUCACACAGAUACGAGAGCUGCUGUUCCAGUGUGACCUGACCCUCAAAGCGGUGACGGUGAACCUGUUCCAACUCCACCGGGCACAGGCGUCCAGUCUGCCGGCGACGCAGCACAGCCUGAGCGAGCGGGCCCGCCGCUACCAGCCCGGUCAAAGCUACACACACUUCCUCAGCAGCCUGCCUCGCGAGCACACACACCUCAAAACACGCUCCUAUGACCUCACUAGCUUGGGCUCCAGGGAUGAGGUGGACGAGCUGCGGAGCGCAUCUCAGCGGAGGGCCAGUGGGGGAGACUUUGGAGGUGGCGGUGGCAGCGACUCUGAGAGUGCAGGGGGCAGCAGCGAGUCGCACUCCAUAGACUCCCCUGUAGCCAGUCCAGAAACUAUAGGCCGAGGGCUACCCAGAACACCGUCCACUGGAACCAUGUCAUCUGCAGAUGACCUAGACGUGCGAGAUCCAGACAACGGCCUUGGAGACGGGCAGGGGGAGAUGGCCAGUUCCACCGGGCCCUUCCAGAAUGUCCAGAUGUCCAAAGCCGCUCAGACUCACCGCUUGCGAAGACUGCGAGCGCCAACCAAGUGCCGUGAGUGUGACGGCCUGGUGGUGUUCCAUGGAGCAGAGUGUGAGGAGUGUUCGCUGGCGUGCCAUAAGAAGUGCCUGGAGUCUCUGUCCAUCCAGUGCGGCCACAGGAAGCUGCAGGGGCGGCUGGCUCUCUUCGGGGUGGACUUCUCCAUGGUGGCCCGCGGCAGUAACAACGGGAUCCCCUUCAUUAUCAGGAAGUGUGCCGCCGAAGUGGAGAACCGAGCGCUCACUCUGAAGGGUAUUUAUCGUGUAAAUGGAGCCAAGUCGCGUGUGGAGAAACUGUGCCAGGCCUUCGAGAACGGCAAAGAGCUGGUGGAAUUGUCCGACCACUCCCCUCACGACAUCAGCAAUGUGCUCAAACUCUACCUGCGACAGCUGCCAGAGCCUCUCAUACAAUACCGCUUCUAUAACGAUGUGAUUGGGAUCGCCAAGGAGACUCAGAAGAUCGUAAUGUUGGAGGCGGCCGCUGAGCAAGACUCCUCGGGCCAGUCGCUGACCACGGAGGUGGAGUGUGUCGUCCUCAAGUUGAGGGACCUGCUCCGGCACCUUCCGUCCGCCAACUACAAAACACUACACUUCCUGUUGGCCCACCUGUAUAGGGUGUCGGAGCAGGAGGAAGAGAACAAGAUGAGCGCCAGUAACCUUGGCAUCAUCUUCGGGCCCACGCUGGUGCGCGCUCGGCAGACGGGUGCCGAGGUGUCGCUCUCGUCGCUGGUGGACUACCCGUACCAGGCGCUGGCCGUGGAGCUGCUCAUCCGCUACCACCAGUCCAUCCUGCCGCUGCCCCUCACCUCCCCGCCACCGCAACAGGGCUUCCGCAGGAACUCCCACUCGCUGCUGGACAUGAAAGAGGCACACCCCAGCAGGGGGCAGCACCGCUACUCGUGUUUCCCAGAGAUGCACCUCUCAGAUGGGCUUCAGGAGGGCACCGGCAGGUUAGAUGUUGAAGGUCAGAGGUCGAUCAGAUCAAACCGAAGCCCUGAACUGCGGCGACUCGCACUGCAACAGCGCUUGCCAUCCCGUCCCAUGAGCAUGCCCGUGAGUGUGCCAGUGCCCUUGCCCGUGCCCACGCCAGCGUGCGAGACGGUCAGUCUGCCCGUGAAGAGCCAGCCACAGCCUGCCGUCCCCACAGCUCCUUACGCAGACGUGAACACCAAUGCGCACGAAGACUCACUACGAGACGCCGAUAGCUCUGCCGCUAUUGGCAUAGAUGAUACGCUAACCGAGCCACGCGCAAGAGGAGAGGACCUGAGUGUGGCAGCGCACGGAGAGCCAGGCGUAGGACCGGACAUGCUGCCGGAUGGAGCAACAGCAGCGGCGGUCACAGACGCGAGCGGCUCAGCCAGUCCAGGCUCAGAUGUUCCAGACUCGGCCACAAAAACUGCAGAAGCGAACGCGAGUCCGACCGCAGGCGUGCCGAGGCCGCAAGUCCACGGCACGGUGCUGGACACUCAGGCUCUGCGUCGGACGUGGGAGAAAGAGUACCGCCCCCCGCUUCUCACUCCCCGCACCGCCAUGAUCCUCGCCAACCUCCCCCGUCCGUCUGCUGACGCCGCCCCCAUCCUCACCUCCAGCAUCAGCACCAUCACCACUAGCAACACCAGCACCACCAGCAGUGGCGUGUCCAGCAUCAGCACCAUCACCACCAGCACCGGCGUGUCCAGCAUCAGCACCAUCUUCCCCCGUAACCCCUACUCUGUGAGUGUGGGCCGCACGGGCCCACCAGUGGCCUUCCGGGCUCCACGGACACUGCACCCUCCACCCGGAACUUUCUACCAGCCCCCGCAGUCUCCGAGUCCCACAACGGCAGACACUCCACCCGCUCUCUCGCCCACAACUCCAUCCACCCCGUCGCCCACCAGUGCCUCCACCAGACAACGGCUCAGGAGCAGCCUGCAAGAGCUGGAACCCCGGGAGGCCCACUUUGUCUGAAUACAAAGACUGUGUGUGUGUGUGUGUGUGUCAGAAAGUGUGAGAGAGAGAGAUAAAGAGUGGCGUAUUGGCAUGUUUAUCAGUUUAUAAGACGACAAUGCAAGUGUGCCAGUUUAAACCCUUGCCAUACUUCUGCAGCUCUCAUCUGGGUCUAACCUGUGGGGUUACUGUUGUUCUCCCCUCAAGCCACUUUGUUUUAGUCGUGUUCUCAUGUGAUGUCAUAGUUCUUCUGCCAUGUUCCGACAAGGUUCCUCUCACAGGGUUUCUCACAUGUUUUUGUUUUUUCAUCAAUUAUACUGUAUACCAAGGAGUUCAGGUUUAUUUUAUUAAUCUAAAACCAAUGUUAUUUUAUUAUAUAUCAUUAAAACACGUACUGUUUUCUCAGAGUAAACUACAUUCCGAUGAUAGGCAAUACAACUGCAUUAAUGUGAUAAAAUGUAGCUUUAUAUUUGUUAUUUUUCUAUGAAUUGUGAAUUUCAUGUACCAUGAAUUAAUACAUGAUGUUACAACUGG